AUGGCAGAAGAUGCAGCGCGUCAGCCACCUCCGGCAGUGACAAAUACUAAAUUCUACCUGAAAAAUGCCGUCUUCUCCAUGGUCUCUCUCUAUCUAGCGCACCAAUUUGCUGGUUACAUCUCAGAUCGUGAGGACCCCAUCGCCUGUGACUUGCAUGUGAAUGAUCAUUCGUGGUUUGGUGUCAAGCGUUAUGAGUCUUUACGGUUCUUUGAUCCGAAGAAUACUCACCAUGAAACACAAUAUGUGGCUAUGCGUGACGGUAUCGACUUGGCUGUAGACUCGUACUUAGCUGAUUAUCUAUGGGAUAAUCAAGAAAAGGUGCCUACUGUGCUCUUCCCGACGCGUCACGGUCGUGGCUACACACUUGACUUUCCCUUUAAUCUGUUUGCACGCUAUGAGCGCAAGUUUACCAAUCCACGGGUCAAUGCCUAUGUGCAGCGGUUUGUCACUAAUGGAUACGCGUGGGUCUCAGUGGACGUGCGGGGCACAGGCGCUUCGGCCGGCACGAAAGCCCACGACUUUGCCGAUGUUGAGAUGCAGGAUGCCUACGACGUUAUUGAGUGGAUCACGCAGCAGCCUUGGAGCAAUGGAGAGGUUGCCGUCUUUGGUCACGGACUGGACGGAGUCGGUGCCCUAUUGGUGGCGGCGAGCGGCCAUCCAGCACUUAAGGCCGUGUCAGUCAACGGUGCGCCCGUGGAUGUAUUUCAGGACGCCUUGUUUCCUGGUGGUGUCAAGAAUGAGAAAGCAUUGAAUGACUGGGCAUCGUUCACAGGCGCUACGGACCGCCAAAUUCGCUGGGAUCAGAUCCCGACGUUCAAGCCGCGACUCAUGCUUAAACAUUUCGGUGGCAACGUCUACCGCGUAGAUGACAACGACGCCAAGUUUGCCAAUUAUAUCCAUCAGCAUGCUCAAAAUCCAGAUUUAGCUCAAGAGCUCAAGAACGUACAUUUCCGCGACGACAACCUGGCGUCGAGUGGUGUAACAGCUGAACAACUGGAUGCUAUUCGCCACCUCGGUGCGAUUGCUGCUUCAGGUGUUGCACUGCACACGUCGGCUGGUUUUUUUGAGAUGGGCGUGGCGCGCUCCAGUAUUUUACUGUUCAGGUACCUGACCAAUACACUGGAUGCAGAUACUGCAUCACUACUGCCGGAGCUACCCAAGAAAACACUGGAGGCUGUGAAAAAAAACGUCGCCCAUUAUCGUCUUACUUUGGGACCAUGGAGUCACGCUGGUGUCGACAAUGUCGACCCUUUUGCCCAAUCAAAGCAAAAGUGCUUCUACCACUUGGACGAAGUGAGCCGAUUCUUUGAUUACCACAUGUAUGCUAACCGACGCAAAAUUACUAAACUUGAAGAAGAGCUGCCCGUACAUUACUUUACCAUGGCACACAACCGCUGGAAAGAGUCGAUCUCGUGGCCGCCGACUUAUUUGAGCAACGAGACAUUCUACCUUGGCGUUAGCCAGGAAUUUCAGUCGGCACCGGAGAGUGAGGCAAGUGAGGUAACUCGUAAUGUGACGGUAGAGGAAACGCUGAAUGCAGUGUCACGCUGGACCAUGCUAGACCACUUGUUUGGUCUGCGUCCGUCGUACUACCACGACCGCACGUCGCUGGCUGACCAGUAUGUGACGUUCCUAACUCCAGAGAUGGCGCUGACGGAGAUCACUGGCGAAGCGGAGCUGCGUCUCUUCUUUUCGGUGGACCAGCCUGAUGUUAACUUUGUGGCCUAUCUUGAGGACGUUGAUUCCACUGCUCCGUUCCCGAAUGAAAACAAACGCCCUGGUGUCACGUACAUUACAGAGGCACUGCUGAAUCCAAUACACAAGCCGAUCCGACCGGAUGCGCAUGUACAUUCGUUUAAGCGUGCCGACUCGCGUGAAAUUGUGCCUGGUCGCGUGUACGAGGCUGUUUUCCGCUUUGAGCCAACUUCGUAUGUUAUCAAGCGUGACCACCAGAUCCGAGUGUCCGUGGGCGUUGCCAGCCCACCUGAUUUCGGUUUAGCUGGGGAAAAGAAAACCACCACGCUUACAAUUUACUUUGGAGGCGCUUAUCCAACCAAGCUUACCCUGCCGUCGUACACCGGCGUUUACGACGCUAGCAUUGUACCGCGUGUUAAGGUUGUGGACGCGUUAGCGUCAACAUCGACCAAGUCGACCGAGAACGCCGUAAAGGAAAAGGUUGUGGACAAAUUUGCAGACGAACCCGAAGUCAAGGACGAGCUGUAG